GUAGAGGAUUUGAAUUUUUUUUUUUUUUUUUUUUUCCCUUUCCGGAGGAUUACAGAUUACGCAAAAUUUGCCGGUUGAUUUUCGGACGAUCUGUCUCGUCUCUGAACGAAUCCGUUUCUCCGUCCUCUAAAGGGAAAUUUCACCAAUCCAUACAAAAAGAGGAGGAUUUGAAAAGAUUCGAGAAGAGAGGAUUCGAUUCGCAGAAAUUGGCCCCUGUUUUUGUUUCUGAUCGAUAAAUUGAUGUCCAUAUCCAUGGAGAUGCCUAGCUCGUGGGAUGCUCUUCGCAAACAGGCAAGGAAACUUGAAGCUCAGUUGGAUGAGCAGAUGAAUUCUUUUCGAAAAUUGGUUUCAACAAAAGUUUCUACAAAUGUUGAUGCUGCAGAAAAUGAUGUUGAAUCUGGGAUAGAACGUUUGUUAAAGCAGCUACAACAAGUGAAUUCGCAGAUGCAAGCUUGGGUCUCAUCUGGUGGUUCUGAAAUGGUUUCCCAUACCUUAACUAGACAUCAAGAAAUUCUUCAAGAUCUUACGCAGGAGUUUUAUCGUCUUCGCUCCGGCCUCAGAGCCAAGCAAGAACAUGCUUCACUUCUAGACGACUUCAGGGAGUUUGAUCGUUCAAGACUCGAAUUGGAAGAUAGUCCGGGUUCUUCAGAACAAGCUCUUCUAAAGGAGCACGCAUCUGUUAGCCGUAGCACAGGACAGAUGGAUAAUGUGAUUUCACAAGCUCAAGCAACCCUAGGUGCACUUGUCUUCCAGCGAUCGACCUUCGGUGGCAUCAACUCAAAGCUCAGUAACGUUAGCAGUCGCCUUCCAUCCGUAAAUCAUAUUCUUGGAGCAAUAAAGAGGAAAAAGUCAAUGGACACAAUCAUACUCUCCCUUGUGGCGUCCGUAUGCACAUUUCUUAUCUUUAUCUACUGGUUGACCAAGUGAGUUGUGAUUAUGUUCUUGGAAACCGUGUUGAAGUUGUUAUGUGCUUUUGUUGUUUCCAUACUCUUUACAGGGUCCAUCUUAUCUUUUCUUAUUGACUCUAUCUGUAACAAUUUUUACCUCAGUAAUUCAUUAAAUAUUCUUCAUA